AUGUUUAGUAGUGAUGGUUUGAUAAACGUGAGUGAUAAAAAACAAAAAUCGAAUAUCCGGCUGACUGCUGUUAGAGAAGAAUGCGAUGAUAUCCAACCGUAUCCGGAACCUCACACGGGGAGGGAAAUCAAUUUACAAAAAGUUAUGAGGAGUAGCAGUUCAGAGCUGCUAAUAGAUCAGCAGCAAGAAUUAAGAAGAAGAAAAUUAUUGGAAUUGGUUGCACCGAAAAAAAAGAAAGCACCCAAAAGAACUUGUCGUCAACGUAUUUGGUUUUACACAACGUCAAUAGUCGCACUCACAGCAGUUUCAGCCGGAAGUUCACUUUUGUUUCUCGUACCACUUUACGUCGAUCCCGCCAUAUCGACUCUGGUAGCGGAUUUCGUAGAAACGCCGGUAACGUGUACGACGACACGUAGAGAAGAUCAUAGCGGAAUAUUUAAUUGCACGUGGUCAUCGUGUCGCGAAGGUUGCACUAGUGAUAUGUAUAAAUGCACUCACAUAUACGUCUCUUAUUCUAAUUACACGACUUUGAUGACGUCAAAUAAUAAUCGUUUUGACGAUGUAUCUCCCUCUCAAACGAUGAACGGUAGCGACGAAGCUGUUUUACUUGUCAAUAUAAAAGGAUGCGGUUAUCCGCCGGAAGUGAAUUGCGGUCAAUUUACUGCCACGUAUGGAAUAGAAGGAACCGAAUUUCCUUGUCAUUAUUCAAGAGAAAAUUCAACUGUCGUUUUGACUCAUUACGACAGAGAUGAACAAGUAGAAAUUAUCAUCAACUAUUUUGCCGUGCCAUUUAUAGUCACCAUCGUUUCUUCUGUCGUUUUGUGCAUAAUGCAUUAUGAUUGUCAAUGCUCUGGACGACAGUCCAGACGACGUCGUCCCAGAUUCGAAAACGCAAGGUAA